CACAUAUUCACUCGUCAUCACCACCAAAACCUGUGAUAACCAUAGUCACAAUGACCAAGACCAAACGGCAAUGGCUGCGAGCUCUUCCCAAGGCUGAGCUUCACCUGCACCUCGAAGGGACGGUGACGCCGGAGACGCUAGUGGUGCUAUCAGCACGGCAUGAUGCGAAACCGCUGACUCUGGAGGAGGCGCGCGCGCUGUACGUGUUCCAGGACUUCCUACACUUCCUACGGACGUUCAAACUAGUGCUAGACCGGCUGCAGACGCCCGAGGAUUACGCGCUGAUCACGCGCGAGAUGAUGCGCGGCCUGCAUCACCAGGGCGUCGUCCAUGCCGAGGUCUACGUCGCCUGGGGCAAUAUCCUGCACUGGAAGAGCGCCCAUCUCAAGAUAUAUGACGUCAUGACCGCCAUGGAGGACGCGAGGCUCGAGGUGGAACGCGAGCUCGGGGGGCCCUCCGUUCUUUGGAUCGCUGAUGCCACGAGACAGUUUGGCGCCGAGGAGACCGGCCGGGUCUUCCGGCUGGCCGCAGAACUCAAGGAACAAUUCCCUACUAUUAUUGGUGUCGGAAUUGGAGGCGACGAGGUGGGCGGACCGAUCGAAUGGUUCCAGGAUAUCUACGCCGAGGCGAAGAAGGCGGGCUUAAGACUCACAGCACAUGCCGGUGAGGCGACUGGCCCCGUGCAUGGUCCAUUGCAGAUGCGCGCAGCGCUGGCGAUGGGAAUUGAGAGGAUUGGUCAUGGGCUUGCUGCCCAACAUGAUGACGAGCUCAUGGACAUGUUAGCCAAGCAGCAGGUUCCGCUGGAAAUCAAUGUCACGUCAAAUGUUCUGACUAGCUGUUGUCCCUCAGUCGAGGAUCAUCCAUUGCCGCAAUUUCUGAGUAAAGGCGUGCUGUGCACAUUGAACUCAGACGAUCCGGCCAUGUUCGGGUCUGAUUGCCUCGACGAGUAUGUCCUAGUCAACGACGUGUUCAAGUUUGAUCUCCAACAGAUGAAGGAUUUGGCUCGUAACUCGAUUCAUGCGAGUUUCCUACCAGAAAAGAGAAAAGAGCAGAUAAGAAAGUCGAUAGAUGCAUACAAAUGAUGAACAGCCAGAAUGAAAUUAGUUACAACACCUUAA